AUGGUGGAGGAAGGUAUAGUUCUUGGGCACAAGAUUUCAAAUAGAGGCAUUGAGGUGGAUAAAGAAAAAAUAGAAGUGAUUGAGAAACUUUCACCUCCGGUGAAUGUCAAGGGAGUGAGAUCGUUCCUUGGUCAUGCGGGUUUUUAUAGGAGAUUCAUCAAGGAUUUUUCACUUAUUGCUAAGCCCCUAAAUGACCCUCUUCAAAAGGAUGUUGAGUUUAUUCUUGAUGACAAAUGCUUGAAGGCAUUUGAUAGAUUGGAGAAGGCUCUAAUCUCCACUCCUAUUGUUCAAGCCCCAAGGUGGGAUCUUCCUUUUGAAUUGAUGUGUGAUGCAAGUGAUUGGGCGAUUGGAGGUGUUUUGGGAAUACGUGUAGACAAGAAGCUUCAUGUGAUUUACUAUAUGUCCAAGACUCUCAAUGGGGCUCAAAAGAACUACACAACAACAGAAAAGGAAUUUUUAGCAAUUGUGCACUCUUUUGAGAAAUUCCGUUGUUACUUGUUGGGUUCCAAGACCAUAGUCUUCACGGAUCACGCGACUUUCAAGGACAAGAAGGGUGCGGAAAAUGUUGUACCGGACCAUCUUUCUCGCCUUGAGGGUGAUCAAAUUCAUGAUGAUGGUUCACCAAUUGAGGAUAGAAUGCUUGAUGACGUCUUAUAUGCCAUAGAGGUGAAGGAACUCCCAUGGUUUGGCGUGCCUAAGGCUGUGAUAAGCGAUAACGGAUCUCAUUUUGUUCACAACGCCUUCCAAAAGAUGUUGAGGAAACAUGGAGUGCAUCAACGGUUCGUCCUUCCAUAUCAUCCUCAAUCGAGUGGCCAAGUCGAGGUCUCCAAUCGUAAAAUAAAGCUCAUUCUUGAGAAGACGGUUGCAAGGAAUAGAAAGGAUUGGUCGAACAAGUUAGAUGAUGCUCUUUGGGCUUAUAGGACGGCUUUUAAGACACCUAUUGGUACCACUCCAUAUCGCCUUGUCUAUGGCAAAUCAUGCCAUCUCCCGGUAGAGCUUGAACAUCGUGCCUUAUGGGCCAUCAAGAAGAUAAAUUUUGUCUUAGCUAGUGCAGGGGAGAAGAGGUGGUUGGAUCUUCAUGAGCUAGAGGAACUUCGACUUGAUGCUUAUGAUAGUGCUAGCACCUACAAAGCUCGCUCCAAGGAGGUUCAUGACAAGUUGAUUGAGAAAAAGGAGUUUUGUGUUAAUGGUCAUCGGCUCAAGAAGUACUAUGAUGGAGUGUUUGGACAUGUUCACAAAAUGAUUCUUUUUAAGCCACCUUGA